GAUUUAUAUCUAUUCUCAUACUGGUAAAAACCCUUUUAUAUGCACUGAACCUGGAUGCAAUAGAAAAUUCUUGGUACAGAGUAAUAUAUGUCGAUAUUUUAGAGUUUAUAAAUUAGGCAUAACUAUCAAAAAAACUCAAGAAGAUGAAAUUGAAGAUAUUAAAACACUAAGCUAUCAUGUUGCUACUCUCUGA